AAGAAAGAUUACAUUGAAAAUACUCAUUAACGACGUCGUUGUUGAUGUAAACAAACGACGCCGUACUGAUAUCUGUCUUCAAGUAAACCCCUGUCAUUACGAAGUUCAGUUCCCAACCCUCGCUCGAUCAACCCUCGCGCACAUAUAGCUUUGAUCUGCAGCAUUCGAUAUUAAUCUAGGGUUUCUCGCGACCGAUCAUAACCAAAAUGGCCAUGGCUGCUUUCAGACGCGAAGGUCGGCGUUUCGCCGCCCCUCUUCUCUCUCCCCGCCCAAUCACCGCCGUUAGACCUUCUCUCUUCUCUGAGGAGGAUGGCCAUGCUGGAGUUCGAAGUAUUUCAACUCAAGUGGUUAGAAACAGGAUGAAGAGUGUCAAGAAUAUUCAGAAAAUUACUAAGGCAAUGAAGAUGGUUGCAGCCUCAAAGUUAAGAGCAAUUCAAGUAAGAACUGAAAAUUCCCGUGGCCUGUGGCAGCCAUUUUCAGCACUUCUUGGUGACAUUCCUAGUGUCGAUGUUAAGAAGAAUGUUAUCGUGACCAUUUCUUCUGACAAAGGUCUGUGUGGUGGUAUUAACUCCACAGCAGUCAAGACAAGCAAGGCUCUGCACAAAUUGACUUCUGGUCCCGACAAAGAAACUAAGUAUGUUAUCCUAGGAGAGAAGGCAAAGGCACAAUUCGUACGUGACUCAAAGAAGGACAUUGAGAUCAUCAUAACUGAGUUGCAGAAGAAUCCACUGAAUUAUACCCAGGUUGCUGUUCUUGCUGAUGACAUCUUAAAGAAUGUGGAAUUCGAUGCUUUGAGGAUUGUGUUCAACAAGUUCCACUCUGUAGUCUCAUUUCUGCCAACAAUGGCAACUGUCUUGUCUCCUGAGGUUGUGGAGAGAGAGUCUGAAUCUGGGGGAAAAAUUAGUGAGCUAGAUAGCUAUGAAAUUGAAGGUGGGGAGACAAAGGGUGAAAUACUUCAAAAUCUGGCCGAGUUCCAGUUUUCUUGCGUCAUGUUCAAUGCUGUGUUGGAGAAUGCUUGCAGUGAGCAAGGAGCAAGGAUGUCUGCCAUGGACAACUCAAGCAGAAAUGCUGGUGACAUGCUUGACCGCCUCACUCUUACAUAUAACAGAACUCGUCAAGCAUCUAUCACCACUGAAUUGAUUGAGAUUAUAUCUGGAGCAUCAGCACUGGAAGGCUAAAUGCAGAAUGGUUCUGCCUGUUAUCUGAUGACGAUGAAAUAAGUUAUAGGUGGAGACUUUGUUCGAACUUCACAGUGGUAAUCUUUUUUUAUUUUUUUUUUGUAUCUAUUCCAAUAAUCUUUGGUGUCAAAGAUUUCGUUUUGGGGAAUUAAAUGUUAAUUCUUUGGUUGUUCCAAUCAAUAUUUUCCCCCAACUUUGGGUUGAGGACUUCACAAUGUUCGAAGUUAAUAUUUCAAUGGCAUUAUUUUCCUUUCCCUCAA